GACGAAUAUAAGGAAGAGGAAAUUUCUUGUGGAACAAUUAGUCAAUAAAUUUCAAUCAUAAAAGUGAUUCUAUUAUCUUUUAAAGAAUCGAAGACAAAUUUAUAAAUACACAAACAAAUAUUUUUGUUAAAAUGGCAAAUCAUAUUCACAUACUUGUCGUCAUUACAACGACACUGGCAACUCUUAUAAGUGCAGCACCAGUAAUGAUGAACAUGGCUGAGGUAAGUCACAACUUCACAAUUCAG